AUGUUACGCACAACUGCUUUAUGCGCAAUGUGCAUCUUUGUGUGCGGACAAGUUGCGAAGAUACCCAUCGAGAAUGAUCCUGAAUAUGAAAGAUACCAGCACGCAUACGUGUUUCGUGAUGAUAAGGAAAAACUUUUUAUAAAGUAUUCUACUUAUAAUCCUUUGCCUGGGGCGGAUUGCUUUUGGAACACUGUGUCAUGCGUGAACGGCACAUAUGUGCUUCACCUUCGGCUGCGAAUCAAUGGAAAAACUACUGGAUUCGACACCCCACUCCAGUUUGAAACCAGCAAAGGACACACCAAGCCGAAUAUAAUCUUGCAUAAACUCACACCAAAUGACACCAAACCUGCCAAAUUCCCCUUAAUGUAUUUAGACGCGACAGAAGACUGUUUCGUUCUUCGAGUUCCCCAUAUCAAAAACGGUUGUAUUUUAUUUAUUCGAGAAGCAAAUGCAACUUGCGAAGAUUGCCAUCGAAAUUGCGAAGGCAUUUACGAAAACAACUGUAAUAUGACUCUAGCAGAAUCUCCAUAUAAAAGCACCUGUCACACAGAAGGUUGA